AUGGCGAAAUUGGCAAUGAAAGUUAUCCACUGGAAUGAGACUGAUGGUAUUUGGUAUGAUUAUGACCUAGAGAAAAAGCUUCACUCAAACACUUAUUAUAUAUCAAAUGCUUUACCGCUCUAUGCAAAAUGUUAUGAUGACGAAGAUGAAGUGACGCCACAUCGCGCUUAUGAAUAUCUGAAGAGAGAAGGUGUGCUCAACUUCACCAAAGGCUUGCCGACAUCACUGGCAAUGGGAAGUGAACAGCAGUGGGAUAAAGAGAAUGCUUGGCCACCAAUGGUACACAUGGUGAUCGAGGGCUUCCGUACUACUGGCGAUCCGCUGCUAAUGAAGGCUGCCGAAACAAUGGCAACGCAAUGGCUGGGCGUCACUUACAAGUCAUUUAUACGCACGCACUCGAUGUUCGAAAAGUACAAUGUUUCUGCGAUGACCGAAGAGUGUAGUGCUGGCUCGGGUGGCGAGUACGAAGUGCAGGCGAGUUCCAUCAUUCUAUAA